AUGGCGCCAUACAAAGCUCUUUAUGGACGAAAAUGUCAGACACCACUUUGUUGGUAUCAUGAUGGAGUUGGUAGGGCUAUCAAGUCAAAGAAACUCACACCAAAGUUCAUUGGACCUUACCAAAUCCUCAAAAGAAUCGGACUUGUAGCAUAUAAAGUUGCGUUACCACCUAUUCUUUCCCACAUUCAUGAUGUGUUCCGUGUUUCUCAGCUACGGAAGUAUGUCCAUAAUCCAUCACAUGUCAUUGAGUCGGAUGUAGUGCAGUUGAAGGAGGAUUUAUCUUUUGAAGUACCUCCGGCAAGAAUUGAAGAUAGAAAAGUCAAGUUGCUUCGCAACAAAGAAAUUCCUUUGGUGAAAGUAGUUUGGAAUCAAGCCACUGGAGACACCACUUGGGAACUAGAAGACAAAAUGAGAGAGCAAUACCCAAAACUUUUCUCCGAUGCCAGUUUCGAGGAAGAAACUAUUUAA